UCAGCAUUGCAAUUUCCCAGCACCUCCAAAAUGUGCCUGUGAACAAAGAUGGCAGCAUGCAAGCCAUGUGCUUCUGAGAUCUACCAUUGAGAUGAAUGCUAAUACUAAUGCUAGCUGCGUUCAGACGCAGCAGCGGCUUGGCUUGGAUUCAGUACCUCCCCUAUGUGCUGCCUUACUCCAUCAUCACAUCCCUGAACGUGAGCGGUGUAGCUGAGGAGCACUUCUUUAAAACCCGACACUUCGCUGGAGUUGCUUCCCUGCGCGUCUGAGAGUCGGAGGGAGGGGAGAAGCAUUCCCCAAAAUCUCUUCUAACGAUGGAGACCCGUCUGGUUGUAUUCCCUGGCGCUCACUUUACUCUUUCUACCUGGCUAAUUCUUUCCUCCUGGUAUGUUUUUCCAAAUGUAAAGGCAGAUAUAAGUUGCGCGCCAUGUAUGUCGCCAAUGCAAGUGAAUUACGCAGGGGAUGAGCAUCUACGUGACCCGCCUGAUUCUGGGAAAUAUCCGAGACAGGAUCAAAAGAAACCCAAGCUGAUCACAGUUCUUUACCCGAAUAUUGGAGUACCCACUGGACGAGAGGUGGAUGGUUUUCCAGGGAUCGCGCCGAAACUGGAAAGAAACGCAGGGGAGAUAAACUCCCGCGCGCCUUUGGGGAACUUCACCGAGUCCGCUUUAGACGAAGAAUUGUUUUCGGAUGAAUAUGUGAAAAGUGAAUCCGAAUUGGAACCCGAGGACGCCGCAUUAGGGAGAGUCCAAAGAAGCGUGCCCGAGUUUCUGGAGAGCGCUGAUACCCGCUCGGAGGAGCAGAGAAAGACCUCGGGUCUGCGGGUCGACGGACAGAGUAAACGCGCCGAAGUUCGCUGGAACAGGGAUGAUGAGCACGAUUCUAGACCAGACGAGCCCAAACUGACCAGCAACACUUUUGCUCUGGCUGGAGACUCCGCGCACAACCACGCAGUCGUGUACUGGACUGGAAAAAACAGCAGUGUGAUUCUGAUUCUCACCAAGCUGUAUGACUUUCACCUUGGCAGUGUAACGGAAAGCACUUUAUGGAGAUCAACGGAUUAUGGCAGCACUUAUGAGAGACUGAAUGAUAAAGUGGGAGUCAAGACCGUUUUGAGUUACAUCUAUGUCUGCCCCACCAACAAGAGAAAG